UAUCCUCUACCUUCCUGCUUGAAAACAUUUAAAGAAAACGUCAUAGCAACAUGGGCUGUCGAGGCAGAAAUUGUGAGGAGCAGCGGAGAGUCAGCUGCCUGGUUAGUACGGGACAGUGGUGGAACAUAUAAAAUCAGCGAAAAGCUUGAAGACCGCUUCGAUCCGGGGUUUAAGCCCGCAUCCAUUGUAACCGUUACGGUGCCCGGUAAACCGAAAGACGGGUUGUUUACAGGAAAUGCUGGAUUUUCAACCUCUGAAAACAAAGAUGACUUAUAUUUUGUGCAUUUCGUUGUCGGUAAUGAAGACAAGACAAAGCCAGCAGACUAUCCAAUCAAACAGGAGAACGAAGAAGCAGAAUUUGGCAAAAAAGAAGCGAACGUAGCUAUUUUGCUCUCGAAGAUUAUAGCAGCUUCAAGAAAAGCUAGCAACGGUGCCCCACAGUUUGUAGUAUUUGCACAACCGUCUCCCAAAGACAAGCGAAAGAAAAAAUUCGAAACAUCCAAGGCUGAGAGCUCUAGGGAUAGUGAUGAUGAUGAUGAUACUCUCCUGUCGGAGGAGGUACCUUUGAAAACAAUAAAAACGGAUCUACUAGAGGGUCCGGUCUUCCAUAAAAGCUUCAAACCGCCAAAAUUCACUUCCCGACAACAUCAGAAAUCCUCUCAGAGUCUAGGUCCGGACAGAUCGGGUGAACAACUCUUAGUCUCUGGUGUUAACAACUAUUAUCCCUCUAGUGACGAUACCGGUUUUCAACAAAGUGGUUCUAGCGAGAGUGGAAGUGUAAUUCCGUAUUCCGGAUCCGCUCCUUCUCCAACUGUACCCAACUAUCCGCAUCCACCCCCUGCCUACAGUAACAGGGAAGUUUACGGUCAACAGCCACCACCUUACUACCCCCCACCUCCAGAAAAAUCGUACGAUAGUAACCGAUGGGGAAGCAGUGGGGGUUAUGAGGGCUACAGUAGCAGUGGAGACUACGGUUAUGGUGGAGGAUACAGUAGCUACGGAGGAGGACAUCCUCCAAAUAAAGGAAUCAGUAUCCAGUUGAAUGGCGGUGGAGGAGGGCACAAUGCGCUGGCAUCUUUAGCUAGCCUCUUGUUGCCGAGCCUUGGCAAGCCGAAGGUUAAUCUCAAUGGAAGAGUGGUAUUUGGAGUUGUUCUGGAUAAAGGAAUCGGCCUUGGUGGUGGUGGUGGUUAUAGCGGCUGA